CCGAUGUACGGCGUGAAGCAGACAUAUCCGACGCGAACGCUUACUAACACCGGCAACAUCCAGAUGGAUCAGGAUCAGUUCGAUCCGAUAUGGAGGAACUUUACAGAGGAGCUGGCAACAACGGCUUCGAUGGGCACGUCAAAGCUCAAGUUCGCCACAGGAGAACGGUGUUGCCGAACUUCCAGACCAUGUUCGCACUGUUGCAGUGCAGCCCUGAUUUGAAUCAGACUGAUUGCCAGAGUUGCUUGCGGGAAUGCAUAAAUGAUUAUCAAGAUUGUUGCCGUGGAAAACAAGGUGGGCCUGUUCAAAAGCCGAGCUGCAUUUUCCGAUGGGACUUGUACCGUUUUUUCGACUCCGAUCCCAUCAAUCUGCCGCUAUCUCCACCACCACCAACUACAGUCGCCCAGGCCGACCCUCCUGCUCCUCCACCUGCAAAUGCCCAAGUCACCAAUGGUAAUAUCUCGAAGUCACUACGCAUUGUGGUUGCUGUGGUAGGUUCAGUAGCUCUCUUUGUGGUGGCUAUUGUCUCCGUUUGUUGCUUGAUUAGAAGGAGGAGAAGUAAUCCAUUGAUGGUCUCAACUGCAAAAGACGAGGUCAAAACUGCUGAAAGCUUACAGUUCAAAAUAAGCGAGAUCAGGGCCGCCACAAAUUCCUUUGCAGAAGGCAAUAAGCUUGGAGAAGGGGGAUUCGGGAAAGUGUAUCGGGGUAGGCUUCCCAACGGACAAGAAAUAGCUGUGAAGAGGCUAUCACAAAGCUCAGGGCAAGGCCUCCAAGAAUUUAAGAAUGAGAUUGUAUUGGUCGCGAAGCUUCAACACCGGAAUUUAGUGAGACUGCUUGGAUUUUGCUUUGAAGAAGGGGAAAAGCUACUGGUAUACGAGCUUAUGCCCAACAAAAGUCUUGACUACUUCGUGUUCGACCUUGAGAAAAGCAAACAACUGGACUGGCCAAGACGUUACAACAUAAUAUCAGGCAUCGCUCGAGGGAUGCUCUAUCUUCAUGAAGAUUCUCGGCUUCGAAUCAUUCACCGUGAUUUAAAAGCUAGCAACAUCUUGCUGGACAACAAUAUGAACCCAAAGAUUUCGGAUUUUGGCAUGGCAAGGAUUUUCGGAGUUGAUCAAACUAAUGCAAACACUAGAAGAAUCGUAGGAACCUACGGUUACAUGUCCCCGGAAUAUGCGAUGCAUGGGCAAUUCUCUCAAAAGUCCGAUGUUUACAGCUUCGGCGUCCUCCUCCUUGAGAUCAUUUGCGGCAAGAGGAAUGACUACUACUACCAAUCUGAUGGAGGUGAAGCUCUCGCAAGCUAUGCUUGGAAGCACUGGAGAGACAAUGUGCCUUGGGAAAUCUUAGACCCGGUAUUGGGAGAAUCUUAUUCCAGAAGCCAAGUGCUAAGAUGCAUACACAUUGGCUUUCUAUGUGUUCAGGAAGAUCCGGCUAAUAGACCGACCAUGGCAAGCAUAGUUCUUGCGCUGAGCAGCCAAACUCUUAGUCUGGCAGUGCCACGGAACCUGCCUUUUUCCUCCGGCUGGACGGAACCACCAAGGAACAUCAUAGCAAAUGACCAAGGACAUGAUCAGAAUACCAGCGGCUCCACACCUUUGUCGGUCAAUGGAGUGUCGAUCACUGAACUCUCCCUCGAUGAAGCACAUGAACAUCUAUUCAUGACAUGAUUUCAUCUGCUUCUCAAGCUAAUUAUGUGGACGUUGCGUCCAGAAAUACUAUUUAGUUUUACAUGAACUGUUUGAUGAGUGCGGUUGUAGUCACUAAUGAACUGGUAGUAAAGCGGUUGUUUCCUUUUCUCUU